GGAAAGCAGGAAGUGGUAGAGUGUAAGCCUAUUAGAGGAGGGUUGAGGCUGAAUUUUAUUUUUAAUUUUUAGCAUUUUGACAGAAGUUAUUAUGUCGGAAGAAAAUUUUGAUGCUGUUGAUGGUAAUGUUAAUGAUAACGAGUCUCCAGAUAUUCCUGAGAUUGAACUGAUCAUAAGGGCUUCCACCAUUGAUGGUCGCCGUAAAGGAGCCUGUCUUUUCUGUCAAGAGUACUUCAUGGACCUAUACCUCCUAGCUGAACUAAAAACUAUAUCAUUAAAGGUAACAACAGUUGACAUGUUAAAACCUCCACCAGAUUUCCGCUCAAACUUUGAUUCUACUCCACCACCAAUCCUGAUUGAUAAUGGACAAGCAAUCCUGGAUAAUGAAAAGAUAGAACGUUACAUCAUGAAGAAUGUGCCUGGCGGGUAUAAUCUGUUCAUUCAAGACAAAGAAACAGCUAAAGUUAUUGAGAAUUUGUUCAGUAAAUUUAAGUUAGUGCUAACGCGAGGAGGAGAUCCAACAAAACGAGCCCUUUUAAAUCAACUUUCGAACAUCAAUGCUCAUCUUAGUACACGGCCAGGACGAUUUCUAACUGGUGAUACAAUGUGUUGUUUUGAUUGUGAGCUGAUGCCUCGUCUGCAACAUAUUAGAGUAGCUGGAAAAUACUUUUCAGAGUUUGAAAUCCCAGUAGGUUUAACCAACUUAUGGCAAUACAUGUAUCACAUGUAUCAGUUGGAUGCAUUCACCCAGUCGUGCCCNGCAGACCAGGACAUUAUCAACCACUACAAACUUCAACUUCAACAACCAGGACACAGGUCUAAGAAACGUGAAGAGUUGGAGACACCCACUUACACUACUUCUAUGCCUUCCAAUGCUAACAUUGGUGGUCACUAAAGUGGAAGGUUAGCAAACACGUCCUCUAAAUUUCCUCAGCAAAAUAUAUAGUUUUGAAGAAGUAGCUAGUUUUAAUCACUUUUUAUUAAUUCAGUUUAUUUUUUAAGAGAUGCAUCAUAUUAAGUGAAAGUAAUCGUAUAUUUAAAGAAUUUUAUAAUUGAUUAAAAGUUGCUGUUUCAUGAUUAGAGUAUUCAAUAAGCACAAAGUUUUAUCUAGGAUAUAACAUGGAAAUGCAAUUAGAAUAUAUGCUAGUUAUUAAUGAUGUAGUAUUUUUUUUCACUACUUGAGUUUUAAUUUUCAUUAAGGAUUUGUUUUUUACUUUUAAGACAAUCUAAACUUCAUGCAUGAGACAUGGAUAGAUGUGUAACAUUGAAAAAGUACUUGCUGUACAAGGAUUGUGUUUAACUCCAGUUUGUUCUAUGAUUUUAGUGUCAUUAUAUAUGAAAAAAGUAUAUUGUAUAGUAUUAAACUAGUAUGUGUGUAAAUUAAUUAUUUUUUUAUUGAUGAUGACAAAAAAUUCAAAAUACUGAUUUGCAGUAUUUCAUUAACAUUGUUUUUGAAUAUGAGGUUUCACGGGUUAUUGGCAAAAGUAAGUAAUUUUUAGUCAAUAGUAUUUUUUACACGAGGCCUUCUUUAAAAAAAAUUAAAAUGAUAACUUAAAAUAUAAUAUAUAUAGUAAACAGAACUUAAUGUCAGUAAGUACAGUAGAAAUAUUAAUAAAACCCCUAUACAGUCACACUGAUGCUGAAGUAAGAGUUUGAAAAUAAUAUAUUUCAUUUUAAAAUUACUUUAGAGAGCUACAAAUAUUUGUCAUGAAUUUUCAUACAAUAGUAAUAUCUAUGUCCUUUAACAUUUUUAUAAUUUUCAUUAACUGCAAUAUAUGGUCUUGCUGGAACAGUUAUUUUCAAUUUAAUGUUAGUUACUUUGAAGUAAAGGUUUUGAAUAAUUUUUUGUUAAAAAUAACAUUGAAAUUGUAUGAUACAAAAGGUUUGAUUAGGGUAGUAAACAUUUUAUAUUUAAACUAUUCUUUAACUUGAAUUUGCAAUUUAAGAUAAAACAGCAUCAAAAUCAGUCUUAUAACAUUUGAACAUUAGAACAGGGUUCCUUAUUAUGCUAAUUUAGAUGUUAAACUUCUAGAAUUUAUAAUCAGUAAACUAAAAAUGAGUUGUGGGAGUUGUGAUUGGCUGAAUUAAAUUAUGUAAUAAGUUUACUGAAAGCAAAAUGCUAGAAAUCCAUACAAAAUUUAAGUUAUAUUUUGGAUUUUUUUAUCAGAAAGUACUGUAAAACAUUGUGAUGCUUAUUUUUGUUAUUAAGUAUUUUAUAUGAACAUUAAUGUUUCUUUUUAUGAAAAACAUUAAACUUAUUGACAAAAUUUUUCAAAUUCAUUUGUGUUUACUGUUAUGAGGCUCAUUUGGGAUAGAAUAUUUUUUUCUAGCAUUACUAUUGUAAUACAUUUUUUUGUACAGUUCUAUCACAUUGUUUUUUGUAUGUAGCUAAACUGAUUAAGUAAACAUUAAGUAGUGUUUGAAGAGGAAAUGGUUAUAACCAAUACAUGCUUUAUUUUUUUAUAAAUCUACAAUAUAAUUUAUUUCAUUUUGUCUCUUAAUCUAAUAAGUAGCUUAUACUCAUACUUCAUUUUAAUAUUCUAGAAUCAUUAUAAAAAAAUAACAAGCAUUCUUCUGUUAGGCAUUCUUAAUUAAGCAGGAGAUAUUUUUACAGUAGCAUUCCUAAUUCUGCAAUCUUGAGGUUUGUGAUUUUGUUUUGAGAGAAUAUAAUUUUUUUCUUUCUAAAUAAUGUAGAUGAAUGUUGGAAAUUUUGAUACUCGUUGAUUAGUAAGUUUGUAAUUUAAAAUAAAAUUUUAAGAAUGAAAACAUUACAGAAUUAUAUUGAUUUUAAACAUAUGUAUAUUAAAUAUUAGUACUUAUGUAUUUAAUUCAUUCUUUAUGUGGUAUUAAAAAAUCUUUAUUUGAUAUUUUUUUACUUUACAAUUGAAGAAGGAAGGGAUGUGCAAUUUUUUAUUAAAAUUGUGCUUGCCUUAAACAUAGAUUGCUGAUAAUUAGUUGUUAUUUAUAUGCAGUAAAUUUGAUGCAUAAGCAAAUUUUUGACCAUUUUUACUGUUCUUUAAGUAUGAUAUUCCUGAUAAAAAAAAUCACAUUUGACUGUUGAUACUUUGAGUAUAUUUUUUAUAUCUUUCAAGUAUUAGAGGCAGAUUUGUGAAAUUUUGUUGGGAAGUUCUAUCCUGAUUUGUUUGAUUUCAUCGAAAGUUUAACAUUACCAGUUAAUGAAUGUAGUAUGUAAUUGCAGAUUAUUGCCUUCCAAUGGCUCGGCAGUAAGUGCAGACACAUGACACUAAAAUCUGGGUUUUGAUAUCCAUAGAACAGAUAAAUCAUUGUAUAGUUUUUGUGCUUAACAACAACCAUUCCAAAUCAGUUGGAGAUUGAAAACAAUAAAACUUGAUAUAUUUUUAUAUAAGUCAGUAGUUGUUCUAAACUUCCUUUGAUAUUGAGGAUAUAAAAAUGGUAAACAUAAAGAAAUGCCAUAUAAAUAGGUGCUUAAAUUAGAUAAUCUUUUUCAGAUUUUUACAAUUUUUAAAGAUAGUAACAUUUCCUCAUUAUUAUGAAGUUAAUUAUUCUGUAUUAUAUUUUGUAUUAGCAUGUAUUGCAAAACGUUUCAUUUGUAUCAGUAAUUUCAAAUCAUUCCUAGAACAUAUUCAGUUUAUUAUGAUGAUCUUAGAUAUUUGUACUUAUUAUAUGAUUAGUUUCUAUCCAUCAUUAGAAUGUUUCGUUUGCAACCGUGAAUAUUUCAAAAUAUUACUUCUACUCCCACCAAGUUAAGAAGGUCAAUUCAACUAAAGUUGUCACAUAAAAGAGGUAUAUAUAUAUAUAUUCAUCAGUAGAGUAUGAAGAAAGAAGUUGAAGGAUUAUGUGUUUAAAUAAGCAAACUAAAGAAAGCUCAGUAUUAUAACUAAGUAAAAGUGAUUUAUGUGCUGUUUUUAUCUUUUCUUUUUUCUUACAAACAUGAGUUUUUGUUUUUUUUAUAUCUUUUAAGCAUAUUUGAUGAUGCCAUGAUUCUAAUUACUUUAUGUACAAGGCAUUACCUUUUGAUUUUUCUAAAUGUGUAAUAUUUUUAUUGAUUGCUUGUAAUUUAUAUUAAUAAAGUUUGACCAGUAAUUAAUUUGA